AUAAAGUCCAUAUUUGGGACUGACGUUAUAAACUCGACAAACGCAACCGGAACCGGCGCUUUUCUGGAAGUUUCCUUGACAGCAGAUCUCCCAGCUCUGCACGUUUGUAGGACCAAUGAGAUCGCGCCGCGUUCCUGGCCUGACUGUUGAGAGCGGACCGGCAAUAAGGGCAACUACAGCCACCGACCGUGACGCCAGAGGAGUUCUGAGUCCUGGCUGGGCUCCGUGAAGCGGUCUUUUGCACCGGCGUGACGCGCACGUUCACUUACAGUUCUGACCCGCUCGUAUCGAUGAAUGAAACGUCGGUUCUGGAAACUCCAGCUAGCUAACAGGCUCCGGGAGGAACAGUUUGGAUCAACUUCAGUGUUGCAUUUUAAUUUGGAACGACUGCAGCCUUUCAAGACUACAAACAAAUAGCGUUCGAUAGUUAAAGUGCAGUCGUUUUUUUCUCAGUCAUUUUUUUUUCUAUGGGGAUUUCUAAAAGCAAGAAGACCGACGUGUGAUUCAGAUAUAUAAAGCUCAUCAUGGCAGUUAGGAAUCUAUCUGUGGUUGCUCUCUUCUGCCUCUUUCUGGCAUCCCUGCCGACAUACACAGGGUCUGUAGCGGUCAUGUCCGUCGACUUAGGCAGUGAGUGGAUAAAAGUUGCCAUUGUCAAACCUGGUGUGCCUAUGGAAAUAGUUCUUAAUAAGGAGUCGAGACGAAAAACCCCUGCUGCUGUGUGCCUCAAAGAAAAUGAGAGACUUUUUGGAGACAGUGCUUUAGGCAUGUCAGUGAAGAACCCCAAAACGGUGUAUAGAUACCUUCAAAGCUUACUGGGUAAGAAACACAGCAACCCUAACGUGGAGCUCUACCAGAAACAGUUCCCUGAGCACCAGCUGUUGGAAGACCCAGCGAGAGGCACCGUGCUCUUUGGAAGUUCAGAAGAAAACCAGUAUUCUCCUGAGGAACUCCUCGGAAUGGUGCUGAAUUAUUCCCGUGGCCUUGCUCAGGACUUUGCAGAACAGCAAAUUAAAGAUGCAGUGAUCACCGUCCCAGCCUUUUUCAAUCAGGCAGAACGCAGAGCUGUUCUGCAUGCAGCUGAAAUGGCCGGUCUGAAGGUCCUUCAACUUAUCAACGACAACACAGCUGUGGCCUUGAACUACGGCGUUUUCAGGAGGAAAGAUUUGGACAGCACAGUUAAGAAUGUCCUCUUUUAUGACAUGGGGUCCAGCAGCACCACUGCCACAAUAGUCACAUAUCAAAUGGUCAAAACGAAGGAGCUUGGUACACAGCCGCAGCUACAGAUCCGAGGUGUCGGGUUUGAUCGGGGGCUGGGGGGCUUUGAGAUGGAUCUUCGACUGCGAGAUCAUUUGGCGAAGCUUUUUAAUGAGCAGAAGAAGAGCAAGAAAGACGUGAGAGAAAACCACCGAGCUAUGGCUAAACUACUGAAAGAAGCCCAGAAACUGAAAACGGUGUUGAGUGCAAAUGUGGAGUUUAUGGCUCAGGUGGAAGGUUUGAUGGAUGACAUCGACUUCAAAUCUAAAGUCACCAGAGCUGAGUUUGAAGAGCUGUGUUCAGAUCUUUUUGAAAGAGUUCCUCGCCCUCUGCUUGAUGCUCUGGAAACUGCAGACAUGAAGCUGGAGGAUAUUGAGCAGGUCAUUUUGGUGGGCGGCUCUACUCGUGUCCCCAAAGUUCAGGAGGUUCUGCUGAAAGCUACAGGAAAAGAGGAGUUGGGGAAGAACAUCAACGCGGAUGAGGCCGCAGCAAUGGGUGCUGUGUACCAAGCAGCUGUGCUCAGCAAGGCCUUUAAAGUGAAGCCAUUUCUAGUCCGGGAUGCUGCAAUUUUCCCUAUUCAGGUGGAAUUCACCCGCGAGGUGGAGGAGGAAGGGGUCAAAACCCUGAAGCAAAACAAACGUGUUCUGUUCCAGAGGAUGGCGCCCUACCCACAGCGCAAAGUCAUAACCUUCAAUCGUUACAACAGUGACUUCACUUUCAACGUCAACUACGGAGACCUGAACUUUUUGAGUGAAAACGAAUUAAGUGUUUUUGGCUCUACAAACUUGAGCACCGUCAAGCUUUCUGGAGUGGGAAGCAGCUUCCAAAAACACGCCGAUGCCGAGUCCAAGGGGAUAAAGGCUCAUUUCAACAUGGAUGAAAGUGGUGUCCUUCUUCUUGAUCGGGUUGAGUCUGUCUUUGAAACAACUGUAGAUGAGAAAGAAGAAGAAUCUACGUUAACUAGACUGGGGAACACGAUUUCCACGUUGUUUGGAGGUGGAUCGUCUGACUCCACUGUCAAUUUAACUGAACCUGUGCAGGAUGAUGAGGAAACGCCUCCAGAGUCUGGAAAGGACAACAAGGACGAGGGUCAGAAGGACGAAGCUCCAAAGGAGACGCAAAGUGAUUCUGAGAAAAGUCCAGAGGAUGAAAAACUCCAGGAGAAGAAGGAAGAAACGGAUGAGAAGAAAGAGCCCACUGAGGAAAAAGAUGAAGAGAAACGUGAAAAAUCGGUGCCAGAGAAGACGACCAAACAGCAGAAAAAGAGCAAGAUCUCUGAGGAGAUCACUGUGGAGCUUGUUACCAAUGACAUCCUGAACCCCACUGCUGAUGACUUUGAAAGCUCCAAAAAGAAGUUACGGGAUUUGACUAACAGGGAUUUGGCCAAACAGGAAAGGGAAAAGUCACUGAACAACCUGGAAGCAUUUAUCUUUGAAACCCAGGAUAAGUUGUACCAGGAGGAUUAUAUCCAGGUUGUGAGUGACCAGGAGAAGGAGCAAAUCUCUGCCAAACUCAGCGAGGCGUCUGAGUGGAUGGAUGAGGAAGGCUACGCCGCCACCACCAAGCAGCUGAAAGAGAAGCUGUCCCAGCUGAAAAGUCUGUGCAAAGACAUGUUUUUCAGGGUUGAGGAGCGGCGCAAAUGGCCAGACCGCCUGGCAGCUCUGGAAAGCUUGCUCAACACGUCCGCUUUUUUUCUAAGGAGUGCCAAACUCAUUCCAGAGGAUGACCAGAUCUUCACUGAGGUUGAGCUGAAUAUGCUAGAAAAAGUCAUCAAUGAAACAACGAUAUGGAAGAACAAGACCGUAGCAGCACAGGAGAAACUGUCUUCACAAGAGCCACCGAUCCUGCUGUCCAAGGAUAUCGAGAUGAAGCUUUCCCUGCUGGAUAGAGAAGUCAACUACUUGCUCAACAAAGCCAAGUUUGCCAAACCCAAGGCUAAAGCCAAAGCAAAGAACUCGACCACGACGGAGAAAAGCAGCAAAGCUAACGGCACGGCUGAAGACUCGGACACGCCGCCGACAGAGAAAAGCCCCGAGUUAAAUCCAGAAAGUCCAGAAGAAGUCCAGCCAGCAGAGCCUCCAUCAACCGAGGACAGCAGUAUACAUCCAGGUUCUGACAGCCAAGCGCAGUCUUCAGAUGAGCCGGUACUAACGGAUUCAACAGAAAAGGCACAACCUGACAACCACUUAGAGGAUGAAUUAUAACAGCAGGACUGUGGAUUUUUCAUUAUUUAUUGAUUGUGUGAAAUGUUAAAUUUCAGUCUGAGUUUGUUGGGCUCUUGUUUUGUGUUUUUGUUGGUCCUGUCUGCUACGUUGCAAACUGCUGACUCGGACAGAUUGUAAAGUUUCAGAUCUGCUGUUGUUUUUCUGCUGGUCUGUCUUGGAUUCUUUUAACAAAUGUGUAACACAACUCUAGCAAAAAAUAAAGUCCUAUUUUACAUGAAGGCCCAGAUGCAGACGGUGCGUUCCAAAUUAUUAACGCAAGUUGUAGUUAAGUGUCACCAAGAUAAAAUUAUUUGUUUUUUAAUUAAACUCAUGGAUGAUACUGAGCUCUUUGGAUCACUGACAUCAAUCUCAAGGUAUGAACACUUUGGAUGUUUCACAAAAACUUGAUCAUCGUACUAUGAAGAGAUUAGUGGCUGAUUCAGACACACGGGUU